UGCAUCGAGAGUGAAGUGAACAAGUCGUUUCAAGUUUAUUGGUGAACAGACCUAAAACGAAAUAAGUCGCUUGUGUACUGAACAAACGGGAGCCCUGUUGGUUUCAGAUAAGAAUAAAAAUGAAGAGAAGAGCAGACUUAAUACUUGAGAAAUUACGAAUAAAUGAGCAACGAGAGGUUAUUUCUGUGGACGUAGUGCCGAGCAAUAACAAAAAUGUAAGUUGGCCCUCGAACCAAAUGCAGAAAUCUAGUGACGUGGAUGAUAUAAAUAAAGAGAACAUUCCUCAUUUUAUUGAGCAAAGAAAACGAAAGUUGACUCAGAAUGAGUAUGAAAGCGAUACCUCUCGGCCAUCCAGUCCAUCAAUAAUAGAAGGCACACCUGAAAAAAGUGUGCCGUUUCUAAAUUAUGCACACGAACUUUGCGAUAGCAAAAGGAUCAUAACUAGGGUUAAUACUGAACAAUGCUAUUCGCAGCCAAUAGAAGCUGCACAUGAAAUCACUGUUAUGGAACCUGUGGCAGAUGAAGUGGAAAGUCUGAAAUGUACACAGGGACAGAACCAACCAGAAAAUGAAGCUAGGCGAGCACGCAGCAAUUCAACGUCCAGCAGUUCCUCGUCUUCUAGUUCAAGCAGCUCAUCUUCCUCUAGUCGCAGUAGCCCGGUCCAUAAUGAUAACACAAUUGAGUCGAAUACAAAGAUAGGUGACCCCUCAACCUCUACAGGUACAUAUCGUAACACUACACAGCCACCUAAAAAUUAUUGUGAGUCGCCUAUUCAUUCAAACGAAAGUGAUGCAGACUUGAGUGACGAUGACCCUUCGUAUUCAAAUAGGCCUCGUUUACGUCUUGGAGGUGCAGUCAGAUUAUCUGCGUCGAGUACUUCCUCAUCUUCUGAUACUACAGACAGUGAUCCCGAAAAUGUUAAUGCUUCUAUUGUAGAAGGUCCAAAGAAAUCCCGCAAACGUCUACGAAAUCCCAAUAAGUGGAAACAAAUUGUUGCCAAAACUUUGCGAAAUUCUGGGAAAGAAUAUGUGUCUAACACUAAAUCUAAAAAAACUGUUCCUGCUCGUUCUAUAAAAGAUCCAUGUACCAGCAAAUGUAGAGUCCAAUGUGUCGAUAACAUAAAUGAGAUCGAUAGAAAUCUAAUAUUUCAAAAAUAUUGGGCACUAGGCAACUUGGAAUUACAGAGAUCUUUUAUAAGAAAUUGCAUGGUAGAAGUAAAACCAAAAUAUAAAUACACAAAUGCGGCUAGACCAAGACAGCCUAAUAAUGCAUUUUAUUUUACUGUUAAUGGUACUAAAAUUAGAGUUUGCAAAACUUUCUUUAUAAACACGUUAGGUAUAUGUGACAGGCAAAUAAGAACUGUUAAAAAGAAGACAGAUGCGCAAGGUUUCGUAGAGAAAGAUAACCGAGGUAAAAACCAGAAUAAAAAAAGGAUAGAACCAGCAAUCAUACAAGAUGUAAAGAACCACAUUAAUUGCAUACCUAGGAUUGAAUCGCAUUAUUUAAGGUCUUCAACUUCUCGCGAGUAUAUAGGUGGAGAGAAGACCAUAAUGGAUCUAUGGAGAGAUUUUGAUAAAGAUCAACGUGACGCAGGAAAAGCUACAUGUGAAUAUUGGUUAUAUUAUGACAUUUUCACUAAAGAGUUUAAUAUUGGAUUUUUCCAACCCAAAAAAGACAGAUGCGACCUAUGUUUUGAAUAUGAACUUGCUUCUCCAGAAAAAAAACUACAACUACAAGAAAAAUAUGAUUGUCAUUUAAAAGAAAAAGAUUUAUCCCGAAAAGAGAAACACAAUGAUCGACUGAACAUUGAUGAAACCCAUAUUUGUGCAGUUUUCGACCUGCAAGCAGUUAUGCAAUGUCCUAGCGGUGAUUCGUCCUCUUUCUAUUACAAAACAAAACUGAAUUGCCUCAACUUUACAAUCGUGGAAUUACUAAAGAAAAGAGACAAUUAUCGGGAGGAAAACACAGAAAGUGAACACAAACGUGAUAUUGGAGCUUAUGGAGAUGUCUACAGCUUUUUCUGGGACGAAACUCAGGGGAAACGCGGAUCUAGCGAGAUCGGAUCGUGUGUUCUUAAGUAUUUGGAGAUUUUAAAUGCAAAACAUCAGGGUCAGGCCAUCCACGUUACGUUUUAUUCCGACAAUUGCUGCGGACAAAACAAAAAUAAAUAUGUAGCUUGCUUAUAUUCCUACGCAGUAUCACAUUUUGAGUACAUCCAGUCUAUAACCCAAAAGUACCUAAUAAAGGGUCAUACCCAAAAUGAAGGGGACAACGUCCACAGCCUCAUUGAAAAGGAAAUCCAACGGAAUAAAAAGGCUGGACCCAUAUACGCACCUUGUCAAUACGUCACUUUAAUAAAAAAUUCGCGAAAAAACGGGAAACCGUUGAUUGUUCAAGAAUUAACCUAUGAUUUUUUUUGGGACUUAAAGAUUUUUCAAGAUAAAUGGGCUUACAACUUUAGUGAAAAUGAAAAUAAGGGCAAUGUGACUUGGAAUGACGUUAAAAUUCUUAAAUUUACUAAAGAGGAUACGUUCACAUUUUACUAUAAAACCUCUUAUAGUCAAAAUGAGUUCAACAAGGUAAACAUGAGAAACAAAAGGAAGAAGAUGGGUGGUAUAAGAGAAAUUGCUAUGACCAAAGCAUACUCCCAAAGACUGGUGUUAUCUGAGAGGAAAAAAACUGACUUACGUUCAUUGAUUGAACAUAAUUUGAUACCUCAUUAUUAUGCUGAUUUUUAUAAUAACAUUAUUUAAAUAUUUUUAUAAGUAUAACAGGCUCUUCUGCCAUACGUUUUAGUUAUUAGUUUUAUAAAGCGUUGUUUACCAAAGUAUUGAAUUAUAAAUGUUAACAUGUUAAGGAGAUUUUUGAUAUAAUUGAUUCAAUUUAAUUACAUAGGCAAACAUUCUAUAUAGAUUUUAUAUAGAGUGUGCAGUACGGCAAUGCUAUGCAUAGGGCAUAGCGUUGCCGUAUACUGCACACUCUUUUUAUAACGAAGGUUUCUUGAUUUUUUAUAGUUUCUUAUAACAAUAUUAUGUUAAACGAUGAAUAUUGAUAUUGUAAUUGUUAACUUGUUAAGUACAAGUAUUAUUUUGUAUUUGUUAAAGAAAAUUAAACUUAAUUAUUAUAAACAUUGGCUGUGCAAAGCUUUGCCUGAAGACUGAUUUACGAAUGAUUGUGAUAAUUAUUGUACUUUGUAAAAGCUAUUUCUAAAUGGAUAAUAAUA